UUUGGCAGGUUUACCAUGCUAGUUUGAGGUCAGCACAAGGGCAAGAUACAGAUCUACUGUAGUGGACUAAACACAGAUAUCCGGUGUAGACAACCACUUUCGAAGUAGCCUCCUUCAAAAAACCAAAGCAAAGUUCAUCACUAUUAUCACUGCAUUGUAAUCUGAAAAUGAUGUCUAAGGACGUGAAGUCCCCAUCUAAGAUGCCUAAAAUGAUCACUCACAACCUAAAAGCGACUUUGUCCCUCAAAUGGCUAGAAAUGGAGCAGAGAUGACUAUCCCAGAUGGGAGCAUCCCUUGCUGCCUAGUGGCAGUGAAAACUUCAGAAGGCACGCUAUCCAGCUGCCCUCAGUCAAAUGUAAUGCCAGAAGUCUGCCUGAGCUGCUAUCUGUCCUCUUUGUAUUCUUCAGUCAAUUACAAGAGCAGUUAUUUGUCCUUGCCAGUGCCCAUCCAGAGCACGGGAGCAGUGCCUGGGUUUGCCCUCCUGGGCUCACAGCCAGCACCUGCAAACUGUGGUUUAUCUGACUGCCUUUUUCUGUUGAAAGGGAGGAGCACCUUUGGUACCUACAACUGUUGUGCAAGCCACACACACUGGGCAGCUGAACAGCAGGCUUAAGAGAUUUAGAACCUGGCUGAGAUGCAUCUCACUUUUAUUUAGAUAACCCAUUAGUGAUCAAAUUCUCAUAAACUGCAUAUUCUUACGGGUAUUUGGAGUAAGUGGAGUUCAGCACCUCAGUUCCUUAAAGCCUGGAUGUGGGCUGCUGCCUGCAUGCUGAAACACUUCAGUACCUUUUUAACUCUAUCCCUAGGCUCCCUCAGUAAAUAUUUGAGAUGAACGAGGCUGACCCUCCCCUAGUCACCUGUCACCACACGCAUGACUUCAGCCGUGCUGUACACUCCACUCCCCGUCUCACCGCACCCUUCCGUUUGUCCCUUUGCUUGCUUUACGUACCUGUGUGUUAGGAGAAACUGGGAAAGGCAGUUUAAUUGUGGAGGAAAGUUCACAGCCAGGGAAAGAGUUUACAAGUCUCCUCUCUGCCCCUGGGCAGGGAGCAGCAAGCGAUGUCAAAGCCUACUGGUGAUCCGGCUUGUCAUUCUGGCCCGGAGGGGAGUGGCAGACCUGGGAAGAAGCACUUUAAAAGAGACUGAGGAAGUGAACCUGUGAUGCCACUGCAAGGCAGCCCUUCAGCUAAAGCCAAUUACUUAUCCAGCCACCUAGAGAUUACAAGGAAGAGCACCCUGAGGUGAAACAAAGGAGAGAUGAGGGGGACGGCAAUGAGAAGACUUGGGCUGUUCGUGUUCAGUGCAAUUCUGGCGUCUGCUCGUGCCCUCACUGUGGAAGCACCUGCCAAGCAGAUACAGGUGGCGCGGGGAAGGAACGCGACUCUCCGCUGUAAUUUCAAAACUCAGGCUUCUGCUGACAGCGGAGACCUCGUUGUCUGGAAGAAAAUCACCAGUCCGAUCGACGCUGUCACGAGGUACUUCGACGGACUCGUACAGUAUGGCGAGGGCUACGAGAACCGUGUCCAGUUCAGUGGUGACGUGAGCAGUGGGGACAUCAGCAUCACCAUCAGCGAGGUGACCAUGGAGGACAACGGGACGUACGUGUGCAGCGUCCGCCUGCGGAACGACCCCCCCCGGCAGAGCGCGGUCCUGUCCCUCUACGUCCUCGUUGCACCAUCCAAGCCUGACUGCAGGAUUCUGGGGACACCACAGUAUGGACAGACAAUCAAUCUAACCUGCGUGUCUCAGGAGGGCUCCCCACAGCCCAAAUACACCUGGAAAAGCUUCAACGUAAAAAAUGAGCCCCGUGCACUAGAAAACACAGAAGGGGAACGAAUAACUCUGAAGAACGUCUCAGCGGAUACCUCUGGCUUCUACAUCUGCACUUCAACAAACAUUGUGGGGACGGAGUUUUGCAACAUGACGGUCAGCAUCGUGCCACCAUCCAUGGACAUCGCUCUGUACGCUGGGAUCAUCGGCGGAGUCAUCGCUGCGAUCGUAGUGAUCGGGAUCUUGGCCUACUGCUGCUGCUGCCGGGAGAGCAAGGACACCGACUACGAGAUGACGGUGCAAGAAGAGAGGAAUGAACCCUCCAAGGACAUGCCAACGAGGCAGCAGAGCACAGAGGAGGAUGAUGCAAAUGCAUGAAGAAAGAAGCAGGAGGCCAGUGCCAUCUUCAGGAUUUGCUGAGGCACAUAGACAUCACUGUAGAAAAGAAAUCAGUCCCUCUUUCUUACUGCAAGAAAUGAAUAAUAAAACGAAAGCUAAUGGCUCUGCCUUCAAGUUCUGGGAGAGAACAUCCUUGUUUCCCUGCAAAGAAGUGCUUUAUGUACAGUGAGUGCUAAUACGUAACCUCACAGCAGAAAAAUGCAUGUGGAGCACUGUUUCACCCAGUCAUCCAAAAAUAACCAGUCUUUUUAGACUCCCCCACUUUCUGAAAAAAGAAACCAGUCAGGUCUAUUUGGAGAACAGAGUUGCUGCUGUAUCCCCAGCUCUGGAGAUGGCUUCAAGGUCACCAACUGCAAUUCCUCAAGGAAGGGAGGUCUUGUUUACGGUGCCGUGCAAAUGUCACAGCUUACAGCAUUGUCCAAUGCAGCAGCUUUUUCUGUGGACGUCGAAGCAAGCUGAUUUUUAAGGACAUUUUAUUAAAUGUGUUCUUUGUAUAUAUUAUACAUGCACACAUAAAUAAAGAUAUGGGAAAAAAUCCAUAGAUGACCAAUGGAAGUCUCCUGUCUGGGACAACGAUGCACACUAAUCCAUGGGUAAGAAGUUAGAUGGACUUGUAAUUGGCAGCUAAUAAGAUCCAGAAACAGGCUAAUAGCCUACAUACUGUCAGACUCCUGAAUUUCUGAGUUCAGAGAGUUCCUAAAUACUAAUUUUCAUUAUGUUAUUCUUUCCUCCUGAUUGCUGCACGGGCAAGUCAGAAAUCGUCCCCUGCUCCUGCUGCUGCUUCUGAAAAAAUGACAGUGUGAGAGCAUGUACAUAGCAGGUACAUCUUUAACUAAGAAAAAAGUAGGGGGGGAGGGAGGGAAGAAGGAAAAAUACCUUUUUAUUCAAAACUGUAACAAUUUAAUCAGAAGCACUUUAUGUGCAAGAUGUGCGCAGACACAGAGAGAACUCCUGCCACUGGUAUCUUUGGAAGAGAGUGGACUGUCUGUCCAAAAGACUGUCA